AUGCCUCAAGCCUCCAGCCUUCCCGCGUGGGCCGAGCUCCAGGCUCACCGUGACAAUGUCGGCAAGAACUUUGUCCUCAAGGAGGCUUUCGCCAACGACACGGACCGCUUCGCCAAGUUCUCCCGCACCUUCAAGAACGCGGCCUCGGGCACCGACAUCCUCUUCGACUUCUCCAAGAACUUUUUGACCGAUGAGACCCUCAACCUCCUCGUCAAGCUCGCCGAGCAGGCCGGCGUCGAGAAGAAGCGCGACGCCAUGUUCGCCGGCGAGAAGAUCAACUUCACCGAGAAGCGCGCCGUCUACCACGCUGCUCUCCGCAACGUCGGCGACUGGGAGAUGAAGGUCGACGGCGUCGACGUCAUGUCCAACAAGGGCGGCGUCCGCGACGUCCUCAACCACAUGAAGGAGUUCUCCGAGCAGGUCCGCUCUGGCGAGUGGAAGGGCUUCACCGGCAAGAAGCUCACCACCAUCAUCAACGUCGGCAUCGGAGGUUCCGACCUCGGCCCCGUCAUGGUCACCGAGGCCCUCAAGCACUACGGUGCCAAGGACCAGACCCUGCACUUCGUCUCCAACAUUGACGGCACCCACAUGGCCGAGGCCCUCGCCAACUCGGAUCCCGAGACCACCCUCUUCCUCAUCGCCUCCAAGACCUUCACCACCGCUGAGACCACCACCAACGCCAACACGGCCAAGUCGUGGUUCCUCGAGAAGACGGACGGCAAGGGCGAGAUCGCCAAGCACUUUGUCGCCCUGUCCACCAACGAGGAAGAGGUCACCAAGUUCGGCAUCGACGCCAAGAACAUGUUCGGCUUCGAGAGCUGGGUCGGCGGCCGCUACUCCGUCUGGAGCGCCAUCGGCCUCAGCGUCGCCAUCUACGUUGGCUUCGACAACUUCCACAAGUUCCUCGCCGGCGCUCACGAGAUGGACAAACACUUCCGCGAGACCCCCCUGAAGGAGAACAUUCCCGUCCUCGGUGGUCUCCUCAGCGUGUGGUACUCUGACUUCUUCCAGGCCCAGACUCACCUGGUUGCUCCCUUCGACCAGUACCUCCACCGCUUCCCUGCCUACCUCCAGCAGCUGUCCAUGGAGUCCAACGGCAAGAGCAUCACCUCUGACGGAACCCCCGCAAAGUACACCACCGGCCCCAUCCUCUUUGGCGAGCCCUGCACGAACGCCCAGCACUCCUUCUUCCAGCUCGUCCACCAGGGCACCAAGCUCAUCCCCGCCGACUUCAUCCUGGCCGCCAAGAGCCACAACCCCAUUGGCGACGGCGUCCACCAGAAGAUGCUGGCCUCCAACUACUUUGCUCAGGCCGAGGCUCUGAUGGUCGGCAAGACCGCCGACGAGGUCCGCGCCGAGGGCGCCCCCGAGGAGCUCGUCCCCCACAAGAUCUUCCUGGGCAACCGCCCUACCACCAGCAUCCUGGUCGGCGGCCACAUUGGCCCCGCCGAGCUGGGUGCCCUGAUUGUCUACUACGAGCACCUCACCUUCACCGAGGCCGCCAUCUGGGACAUCAAUGCCUUUGACCAGUGGGGUGUUGAGCUCGGCAAGGUCCUUGCCAAGAAGAUUCUCAAGGAGCUCGACGAGGCCGGCAACGGCGAGGGACACGACGUCUCCACCGGUGGCCUGAUUGGCGCCUUCAAGAAGUACUCCAACUUGUAA